UUAUUCAGUUCAUAACAGUUGACAACCCUAAGCCGAAUAUAUCAAAACAAGAGGUUUUCUUGUUGUGAAUUGAACUGCAAAGCCAUAAAACAUGAUAGAAAUAACGUGUAAUGAUCGUCUUGGCAAGAAGGUGCGCGUCAAGUGCAACCCAGACGACACAAUCGGGGACCUCAAGAAACUCAUUGCGGCACAAACGGGCACAAAGCACGAGAAGAUUGUCCUGAAGAAGUGGUACACCAUCUACAAGGAUCCCAUCCGCCUAUCCGACUAUGAAAUCCACGAUGGCAUGAAUCUGGAACUUUACUACCAAUAAAUCUGCGCGGGAAGAGUUUCUGUUUCGUUACUGUCCCCUUUUAUAUAGCAUCUUUGAUAAAUAAACUCAUUUUGAAUAAAUACUGUA